AAACCUUCUUUGAUAGACAUAAUGUAAACUAUGAUUGUUCUGUACUACUUUAGCAACCUUUAAUAGUACUAAAUUUCCUUAACAAAUUUGACUUACUUUUAGUCACUUUUGGAGGUUACAUAUAGCUAAUCUAAUCAGUCUAUAUAUAGUCUCUAAUAUAGUGAUAUAUAAUCAAGUCAUUACUGUUAGACCCAUAAAGCAAAAUAUAUCAAAUGGUUUACAAAACAUAACUUAAUGAGCCAGUAAACAUGUAAAACAUGAAUGUCAGAGCACUAAUAACCAUCGGAAAACAAAACAAAAAGACAAGACAACAAACACAAAUAUAGGACACUGAUUUCAUAGACCAUCACAUGAUAAUAUGGACCAAUUGAUUAGUCUAAACCAAUAAGGAUUUGUUCGAGGAAAAGGUGAGAGAGGUGAUCACUUUGAAGGACAAGGCCACUACUUUAUCAAACUAGUGCCAGCUGCUUCAACAAUUUUAAAAGCAAAACGGCAUUCAAACUCAACUUUAGCUCCCCACCUAAACUCCCCUUUUCUCUAAUACCAAAAACCAAGCAAAAAUGGUGGCCCCACUAACCCCCUCCCAAUCAAAAGCUUCUUUUUCUCUUUACUUAGUUUAAUGGACUUCCUAAUUUAUUUAAACAAACAACUAUCAUCAUCUUCCUUCUUCAUACCUUUCAUUUCAACUUUUUGCAUUUUGAAAAUUUUUCAAGGAUGCUUCCACUCCCUGCUCCACCUUCGUCUCGAUCUCCCUCUCCUUCUCCAAAUUCUCAGACACUGCGAUCUCCCUCUCCUUCUCCAAAUUCUCAGACACUGCCUCCGCUGCCACCACCACCUCAUAAGCAUGCCCAACAAUUAGCUCUAAACCAAGUUAGUAUAUCAAUGCAAGAAAUAAAUAGUGAAAAUAGAGCUCCCAAAACGCCAGACACUCACAUCAGGUCUUCCAUAAAGCAACCAAUACUCAGGCAAGCUGUGAACAGUGAUGAUCAAGCAAAUGAAGCGCCAGACACACACAUCAAGUCUUCCAUAAAGCAACCAAUGCUCAGGCAAGCAGUGAACAGCGAUGCCCGAGCAACCCCAUCACCACACAUCUUCAUCAAGUCUUCCAUAAAUGAACCAAUUCUCAGGCAUACUCAACCCCGGCGAACCAACCCACUUGUAUGGUUUGGUGCAAUUCUGUGUCUAGUAUUUAGUCUUCUUCUCAUUUUUUUUGGAAUAGCAACUUUAAUCAUCUACCUUGUUGUUAAACCAAAAAUACCAUUAUUUGACACCCCAAAUGCACGCCUUAACACCAUCUACUUCGACGCACCAGAUUAUUUCAACGGUGACUUUGCUUUCCUUGCAAAUUUCUCCAAUCCAAAUCGGAAACUUGACAUAAGGUUUGAGUAUCUGGAUAUAGAGCUUUACUUUGCUGACAGGCUCAUAUCAAGACAAGCUCUUCAGCCUUUCACUCAAAGACCAAGAGAAACAAGGAUAGAAGCUGUUCACCUCAUCUCAAGCUUGGUUUACUUGCCCCUGAAUCAUGCACUGGAACUUCGAACACAGGUACAGAGCAACAAAGUCAACUAUAAUAUAAGAGGGACUUUUAAGGUGAGAGCAACUCUGGGUAUGAUACAUGUUAAUUACUGGUUACAUAGUAGAUGCCAACUGCAGAUGACAGGCCCACCAACUGGUAUGUUAGUUGCCCGAAAUUGCAGAACAAAGAGAUGAAGAAGGUUACAUAAUUAUCUUCUUUUCUCUCUGCAUCUCCUUUAAUUAAGAUUGAACAGUAUGCAAGUUUUGGUGUAUACAUGUUUGAAUUAUUCUAUAUAUAUGAAUAUAUUUAUAUAUAUCAACUAUCAACAACAUUCUUUCAGAACAA